GUCCAGUUUCCGCUCUUCCCUGUGCUGGAGGGUGGGGUCGCGCUUUCAGGGGCAGCCGCUUUUCUCUGAUACAGGACUCGAGCUGUGUGCCUUUCAACAAACGAUUAAUGCACGGAAAAAGAUAACACUACGACAGAGGAGAGGGCCGAGAAAGAGUGUGGUAGAAGGUAAUUCUGAGGUAGAUCAAGUGUGUGUGCAGUAGUAGAGACCUUCAGAUAUGGCAGCCAACAAGGGGAAAAGUCAAAGCUCCUUGAUAUUACACAAGGUCAUCAUGGUGGGCAGCGGUGGUGUAGGCAAGUCAGCCCUUACACUCCAGUUCAUGUAUGAUGAGUUUGUUGAAGACUAUGAACCUACAAAAGCAGACAGUUACAGAAAAAAGGUUGUACUGGAUGGGGAGGAGGUGCAGAUCGAUAUUUUGGACACAGCUGGACAGGAAGACUAUGCAGCCAUCCGAGACAACUAUUUCCGCAGCGGAGAGGGUUUUCUGCUUGUUUUCUCCAUUACUGAGCAGGAGUCUUUCACAGCCACAGCGGAGUUCAGGGAACAGAUCCUGCGUGUUAAAUCCGAGGAGGAUAAGAUUCCUCUGCUGCUGGUGGGGAACAAAUCUGAUCUGGAAGAGCGCAGGCAGGUGUCUGUUGAUGAUGCCAGAGCCAAAGCAGAGGAGUGGAAUGUACAAUAUGUGGAGACAUCUGCUAAAACACGUGCCAACGUAGAUAAGGUAUUUUUCGAUCUCAUGAGAGAAGUGCGAGCCAAGAAGAUGUCAGAACAUAAGGACAAAAAUGGAAAAGGGAAGAACAAGAAGAACAAGAAGAGCUUAAAGGAACGGUGCUGUUUACUUUGAAUUCCACAUGGACUUUUCAUUUAACAAAUCUACUUUCUACUCUGAGGAACAUUAGGAUUUUUUUUUUUCUUUAUUGCAAUCAAUCCAUAUUUAGUGGUGGGUCAUCAAUGUCGAGGCUUUACCUAAUUUACUUUCUCAAUGCAAACAAUCAUUUUUUCAGUGAUCGAUGACCAGUGGCUACUUUGUGAGAAAAAGACUGUAGCACUUUAGGACUAACAUGGAGGUGACUGACCUGUGCCCAACACUAAGUUUUCUAUCUUCUAUCUUGUUUAAUUUAUCUUAAUUUCACAGCUUGCUUUCAGCCAUUUGCUAGAUAAUUCAUAUAUUUUUUUAUUUUGCAGCCUUAUUUGUUGCUAUGCAUUAAUGUUUUGUUUAUUCAGAAAUAUAUAUUUUAUCCCUUCUGCCUCUGCGUAGUAGGGGUAUUAUGUAUCAGGGUUUUCUGUCCAUCUAUCUGUGAUUCUCGUUAGAAGUAUGUUGUAACGGUAUUUCAAGUAUACAAUUUGGUAACCGGAAGAACUCGACUUCGGUGGAGGCAUCUUUAGCAACAUGUUUCUUCAGAUUAAAGGAAAUUGUCAAUGCUUGUCUAAAAACCACAUAUUACUGCAUUUUCUGCACAGACUGAAAAUGUACAUUUAAUAACAGUAUGUAAAGGGAUCUUAAAUAUGCAUUAGACAUUUCUUGUACACAAACAAGGCUUCCAAUUUGGAAUGGGAAAAUGUUUAAUAUCACAAGAUCGUGCCAACACUCUGUGUAUUCUUGAUGCCUGAUUCCCAUUUAAUUCAAACUGCAUUCACCCAGUUUGUGGCAGCAAAUACAGGACCAUUAAAUGCAGUCACAUUCAACAACACUAUUUUCUGAGUAAACAGCAGUUAUUGUUCAUUAGGGCUUGGAAUGAUGCUGAAAUGAUGCUCAACUUUUCUGCCACUAAAUAAGCCCAGGUUUGGAAUAGGAGAAUUUACACUGCCCCUACUGGUAGACUUAAAUACUUCACAGUCAAAACAGACUCAUCAUCUGGAUAGAUACUGCUUUAAAGUUAUUGCCUUGAUGUUUGUUUUAUUGAUAUUUUUUUUGUAGAAAUAUGCUUCCUUUUCCACCAUUACACCCCACCUGUCCAGUAUAAAUGUGCCAUAAGAACUCGUGCCAACCUAACAUUAUGAAUAUAACAAUGACUUCUGACUGAACUUUCGGUGGACUAAUUUAUGUGGCUUAUUUUAUUUACUUUUCUAACACACACACACAGGUCCACCAAUGAUAUUCUUGAAAUUGUUGUUUUAUAUCAUAUUAAAGGUUCUGCCCUUUCAGAAAUGUCCUGCAAUUUGUAUGAUUGUUUUCCACUGGAUUAUAAUCAAUAUAAUACAAAGUAUGUUGCCAAAUAAACACAUUGUAUUUCUCAA